AUGCUCGUCAGCUUGGUGCUGGCCAUGCUCCCCCUGGGGUUCUGCUGGCCGCCGGCGCGACGAGAGAGAUUUCUCAGCGCUUUGGAUGCCGAAGAUGUUUUCUCUUACUUUGGGAGCAGCUCAGUGCCUGAUGUCCCUGAGUUUGUUGUGGCUGAGCCAACUUGUCUUUGCAAAGAAGAACAGGUUGGGCUGAUGCCCUGUCGGAUUCGACACUGCUCCAUCGAGGCCUGGGGAGAGCUCUAUGCCUUUGAAUUUCUGGAGGAUCAUGCUCUCCUUUCCUCUUCCUUUGUGAGCAAUCAAGUGGUGAACUCUUCCUUUAGCUUCCUGAGGAGAUUCCCAGGCAACUGCUUUGCAGGUGGAAAUGCCCUGCAGCCUCCUGGGGCCACCAGUAGAGUCACUUACUGUGAGGGGCAGCUGCAAGGAGUUGUCACUGUGGAUGAGGAAAAGAUUCACAUCAGGCCAGUCAGAAGCAAAGAUGUGGCCCUGCUGAAGGACCUUGGCUUCUCCAGACCCCACAUUCUCUUCAGAAGUGCUGCAAGAGAGGUCAAGAAAGCAAGAGGGUGGGCUCCUCCUCGCCUGCAGAAGAGGGCUGAGACAGCUGUCAAACAUCUGGAGCUGAUGGUGGUAGCAGGCCCAGAUGUUUACUUGUACCACAAGGAGGACACUGAGCGAUAUAUUCUUGCCAACCUGAACAUUGGAGCAGAGCUGCUCAGAGAUGCCUCACUGGGGGCUCAUUUCAGGGUUCAUCUCAUGCAAAUGCUGGUUUUGAGAGAGCCAGAGGCAGAGGUAAACAUCACCACAAACAUCACCUCCUCACUGAUCAGCGUUUGUGAGUGGAGCAAGAAGGUGAACCCCCAGAAUGACUCUGACCCUCAGCAUGCUGAUAUUGUCCUCUACGUCACCAGGUUUGACCUGGAGUUACCUGAUGGGAACAAGGAGCUCCGUGGAGUGACACAGUUAGGUGGAGUCUGCUCCUCCUUCUGGAGCUGUGUGAUUACCCAGGACACUGGUUUUGACCUUGGAGUCACCAUAGCCCAUGAGAUUGGGCACAGCCUUGGAAUUCCCCACGAUGGAGAGGGGAAUGGCUGCAGCAGCAGUGGUUACAUCAUGGGGUCAGCCGGAAACCACAACAGCAUCGACCUCACCUGGUCACCCUGCAGUCGAGAACAGUUCCUGGCCCUUGUCAGUACAGGCCAAACAAACUGCUUAAAUGACCUGCCGGACAUGGACGGCAGCAUCCCUGGAUGGAAGCCUGGCUUGUACUACGGAGCAGAUGAGCAAUGUAAAAUAGCCUUUGGGCGUGUUGCCACAGCUUGCACCUUUGCUGACAGCAAUGUUGACAUAUGUCAAGUUCUCUCAUGCCAUGUACAACCAGGAGACAAAUCCAGCUGUACUCGGCUUCUUGUUCCCCUCUUGGAUGGUACUGAGUGUGGGAUCAAUAAGUGGUGCUUCAAGGGUCAGUGCAGCUCCUUGGAAGAACUGAACCCCAUGGCUGUGGUCCAUGGGCACUGGUCUGCCUGGAGCUCCUUCUCCUCCUGCUCCCGCAGCUGUGGUGGUGGAGUCAUGGUGAGGCAGAGGUUCUGUAACAACCCCAGGCCUGCUUUUGGAGGCAAUACACAGGCCUGUCUGAUGACCCAGCAGGACUUUAUGGCUGAACAAUGUGCAGCAACAAAUUUAAAGCCACUAUAUCUUACUGUAGAAACUCCAUCCUUUUAUACCUGGACUUCUGCUGUUGGCUUUGCCAAAGGGGACCUGCUCUGCAAGCACAUGUGCAGGGCCAUGGAGAAGGAAUUCAUGGUGAGCCGCAAAGACAAGUUCCUAGAUGGAACCAGGUGUGAGCAGGAUGACACUGAGCACCAUGGGGCUUUCCACCUCUGUGUAAUGGGAAGAUGCAGAGCAUUCGGGUGUGAUGGCCAGAUGGACUCCAAGAAGCUAAUGGAUUCCUGCAAGGUCUGUGGGGGUGAUAACUCCACUUGCACCAAAGUCAGUGGAUCUUACAUGGAAGGAAAAGCUAAAGAGUAUGUGACGUUUCUGUCCCUGCCUUGUAACACUACCUCAGUCCAUGUUACCAACAGGAGACCACUCUUCACACAUCUGGCUGUUAAGGUUAAAGGAGAGUAUGUGGUUGCUGGAAAAGGAAAAAUCUCACUGAAUGUCACCUAUCCGUCAGUUCUGGAGGACAACCAGAUCAAAUACAAAGUGUUUCUCACGAAGGACAACCUGCCAAGCCUGGAGGAAAUCCAUGUAGAUGGGCCAACACAAGAAGAAAUUGAAAUACAGGUCUAUCGGAGGUACACAAAAGAGUAUGGCAAUGCCACCAACCCAGACAUCACCUUCAGCUACUUUGUCCCUAGAGAGAACCUGACUUACCUGUGGAUUCCUCAGCAGGGGCUGUGUUCAGUGACCUGUGGGGAAGGGAUCCAACCAGUGGCUCAUGUAUGCUUUGACCAGACCAAGAAUGAAAUAACAGAGGAUCAGUGGUGUCUGGAGCUCCCCCAGCCCCUUCCAGAGCACAAGCCCUGUGCCAUGGAGCCGUGCCUGUACAGGUGGAAGAUGUCUCAGGUAGAUGAAUGCUCUGCUGUUUGUGGAACUGGAGUUGCCCAGCAGAAUUUGACCUGUGUUCAGUUUCGGGAUGGACUGGAGACUGUUGUGGAUGACAACUUGUGCCCAGCAGAAGAAAAACCCCUUGCUGUUGUGCCAUGUGUGGUUAAUGUCUGCCCUUUAGGCUGGGAAAAAGAGGAAGAUGCACAUUUGCUUCAGCCUCUGGAGUCACUUGGGCAUAUCCAGCUGGAAAAUCGAACUGUGUAUGUCUGGAGCCCUGUAGCUGGAGAGUGUUCUGUCUCCUGUGGUAGAGGUAAGACUGAGUUGCAGUAUGUGUGUGUGGCUUUUGACACCAAAGAACAAACCCAAGAAGAAAACUGUCAUCCAGUACCAAAGCCAGAGAGCAGGAUGGAAGUCUGUAAUCUCAAUCCCUGCCCACCAAGAUGCCCUGUCAGAUGGAAGGUAACCCCAGCUGGGCCCUGUUCCUCCAGCUGUGGGCUUGGCUUAGCUGUGCAACUGGUCAGCUGUGUGCAGAUCCACCAAGGCAAGGAGGUUUUGCUGGAGGAACAUUUGUGCCCUGUGGCAGAGAAGCCACUCACCAGUGUCCCCUGUGUCAUCCGAAUGUGCUCUUACGAAUGGAGCUUCAGCAAGUGGUCAGAGUGUUCAACCUCCUGUGGGAAUGGCAUUCAGACACGGCAGGAUUUCUGCCUCAACUCACUGACCCGUGAGCAGGUGAACCCAAUCUUCUGCCGGCGCUUCCCCAAGGCCAUCGUGGUACGUGGCUGCUCCUCAGGGCCCUGUCCUGAGGGCACUGGGUCCCCUGGGGCAGAGCUGCAGCCUGUGACACCAGCCACACACCUGACAACAGCUGCAGCUUCCAAAGAGGCAAAGGGCUUGGAUAUGCCUCCAUCUGCUGUGCCUCAGGAGCAGACAAAGACUGGUGGAGGUGUCUGUGGAAACCUCUUUCUCAAUGCCACUGGCAUCAUCAACAUGACAGGUUUGGGGGACAGUGAGUGCACCGUGGCCAUCGGUCGACCCCUCGGGGAGGAGAUCACAGUCAGCAUCCUGGAGAGCUCCCUCAACUGCAGUGCAGGUGAGAUAGUGCUGUUUUCUGGGCGAAUGAUGUGGAGAACAGGCUGCAGGAAUCUCCCCUUGUCACUGAUAAACUCCAGAACGAACACACUGAUUGUGAAACAGCGUGUUGUGCUGCCAGGAAAUGGGGUCAUUCUUCAGUACAACAGCAGAACUGCAACGAAAAAAUAUUACCAAGACUGUGACAAGCAGCUGUUUGGUCCCCAAGGUGAAAUAGUGAAUCCUGUGCAGUUGCCUGACCCAAGACAAGAAGUUGUGUGUCGAACCUUCAUCGAUGUGGCUCCCCAGCACCGCAUAGCUAUCCGUGCCCUGUAUGCUGACCCGGGCACUGGGAGCAACCAAACACAUUUUAAUUACAUCCUGGUCCGUGAUGUAAGCACCAUGAAGACGAUGGUGUUCCAUGGGAAACAGCAAUUCCUCUGGCAGUCCACGGGAAGCCAAGCUGAAAUUGAAUUUCAUGAAAAUGUUAAGCAUCACCAAAGCAAUUUUUGGGCUGAAUAUCAUGCUAUUGAGCCCAAAUCCAAGGGGCCACUGCACUGA